AUGGGACCUACCGGGCUCCGGAAGUGGAAAGACAAUCACCCGAACGGCGAGUCGCCAAACCGUGAGGUUCCCAUGAACGAUACUCUGGUUGUAGACUCCACCGGAGGCACGUAUGUUCCCAAAGACAAUUGUUGCAUGUCUCUGUCUGAAUCUGUGACGGUCAUUGCGACUUUAUUUCCUGAAUCAAACGAUAGGGCCGUGGACAUGAAGUUGAAGUACGAGUGGAUGGCUUCACACACCGAAGCUCAGCGGAAAGAUCUAGGCUGCGCGCCGUUUUAUUGGUUGAACGGUAAGAAACCGCCCACUCCGGGAUCGCCCUCAGAAGCUGCGGAACAUGCACACUCUGAAGAGUCUUCAUCCGAGUCCACGUGCCGUGCCGAAUCUGUUGCAAUAUCGGUUACGGCAAAGACCCUUGAGGAGCCAGAGCAAUCAAACUGUGAGAAAGCGGCAAAUGAAUGCGAUCUCGAGGAUGCUACACCAAGCUUGCCUGACGUCACCGCCGCUCAGCGAUCAGUAAAACGGGCCCGUUCUCUAUCCGCUGAUGAGGACGGAGACUCUAUCACGGCCGACGGAAAAGCUCCUGAUGCCAAACGAGUAAAGACGUCGAGUUCAGAUCCCGUUUAA